GGGGGUGGCAGCGACAGAGGGGGCGGCGGCAGCCGUGACGGCGGCGGCAGUGCGGAGCCUGGGCCGCGGGGAAUGAGGGGGUCGUGGCGGGCCUGCGGCGGAGCCGUGUAGCGGAGAGGCGUCUCCUCCUCCCUGCUUCCCUUGGCCGAGUCGGGGGCGCGCGCACGCGCGCGGCCGCCGGAGCGGGCUCCCCACCCUCGACUCCCGCGACCCACACCGCACCCCCACCCGCGCCUGGAGGAUGAUGAAGCUCAAGUCGAACCAGACCCGCACCUAUGACGGCGACGGCUACAAGAAACGGGCCGCAUGCCUGUGUUUCCGCAGCGAGAGCGAGGAGGAGGUGCUACUUGUGAGCAGUAGUCGCCAUCCAGACCGUUGGAUUGUCCCUGGAGGAGGCAUGGAGCCGGAGGAGGAACCAAGUAUGGCAGCAGUCCGUGAAGUCUGUGAGGAGGCUGGAGUAAAAGGGACAUUGGGAAGAUUAGUUGGAAUUUUCGAGAACCAGGAGAGGAAGCAUAGAACAUAUGUCUAUGUGCUCAUUGUCACAGAAGUGCUGGAGGACUGGGAAGACUCAGUUAACAUUGGAAAUGGGGACGCCGGCUGGGCUUCAGGCUCUUACAUGGAAGCUGAGGAAGGCUCAGUGCAAGAGGAAACCACUAAAAGUGGUUCUCUCUGGAGGGAAGGAAGAGGGAAUGGUUUAAAAUAGAAGAUGCCAUAAAAGUGCUACAGUACCACAAACCCGUGCAGGCGUCAUAUUUUGAAACGUUGAGGCAAGGCUACUCAGCCAACAAUGGCACCCCGGUCGCCGCUACCACAUACUCGGUUUCAGCUCAGAGCUCGAUGCCAGGCAUCAGAUGACGGAAGAUUUGCUGUAAAAGAAAUGGAAAUGGGAAACUAGACUGAAGUGCAGAUCCUCCCUCUCACCCUUGCUCUUUUCACCUCUCCUCACAGGCCGCCUCUUUGAAAUAAGGCAUGAUGGGCAGCAGAGAAAGGGUUUGUUGAUAAUGUUGCUGUUUGGUGUUAAGUGAUGGGGCUUUUUCUUCUCUUUUUAUUGAGGGGGUGGGGGUUGGGUAUGUAAUAUGUAUGUACUUUUGUGCAUGAUCUGUCCCUCUCUUUUCACACCCUUACAAUUCUCUAAAAAGAGGCAGCCUUCCCGCUGAAGUGUUCCUGAUUAUCUCAUCCCAGCCCUGGCCAGACACUUUUUUCUUCUUUGAUUUUUAAUUUUUUUUAUUAAAAGAUACCAAUACGAGAUGAAACCUUUCAAGAAUUUGUCCUAUAAUGUGCUGUUCAGUCCACCAGGUUGGUCACUUUCACUGUACGUUACAUUUAUCUACACAUUAUAUAUUGGGCAUAUAAUAUGUAAAUGACUGAGUUUUAGAAGAAGAAUUUAACUGCUUAAUUUUUUGAGGUUUUGUUUUGUUUUUUAAAUUCAGGGUGUUUCUGGAAUGGAGAGCCUCGAAAUUAAUUUACUUUUUGUUUUUGAUGCUAGUGGCUAGGUAAGUUUUCCUGUCCUCUCUCUUUUCCCCAGUCAUUGACUCUAGUUAUGUGGGGUAUGGGAAGAGUUUAGCUACUUUUAUUAUAGUGCUCCCAGGACUCAUGGCCUUGUCUUCUCAAAGCUCUGUUUCCACCCAUGCCAAGAAAGAAACAGGAAGAAACCUAUUUUCUUUUUUAUUACCAAGCCAGGAGCAAAUGGCCUCAGCUCAGAUCUGGAGAAACAAUGAUAGAAAUUGAAAUCCUCCCUACUUAUUGACAAUAGGGAUUUGAACUGGAUUCUUGGGAUUACUAUCUGAAAAACUGGAACAUCGAACACUUUCUGUCCUGCUGGUUUGGAAUUUUUCCAUAAUGCUACUUACCGCCAACAGCGAUCUCUCUCCUUGUGUGUACAUGCCUUACACCGAGCUGAACUGGAUAUCAUCCUGUGCUCUGGAGCAUCUAGCUGUAUGUGGCAUCUGCAGCUGUACAGUCCUGUCCUCUUCCUGGGUAACUACGUUAAGUUCCUGAAAAGUACACAGGAGGAAAAUUCAGGUGUUUGCUUGUCUUUGUAAUGUUACAGCACAUGUAGUUGCACCAUGGAGCAUGCUCAGAAAUAUUAAGUUUGUCUCCCACUCCCACUGGGAUACAAAAGGUCCAUCUUCUCAGAAGUGGUAUGGAAGAAUGCUUAAUCAUUUACUCAAACAGCUACAUAAUGCAUUGGCUCACUGUCUUGUUGAUUUUUCAUACAGGUUUUAUGCUGGCUUCAUUUGCCAAUUGUGUUGUUUAGUUGGGAAGUAAGCAGAAGGGUCUUGAGAUUGGGGAGCAAGGGGCCCUUGGAGGGGGGACACUGAUCAAUCCCUGGCUUGGGACAGGAGCUUGUUGCUGUUCUCCUAGUGGCAUCUCCUCUGUCAAAACAUAGCCAAGAUGUGAAAUUUACAACGUAGUUCUCUUUAUUUAAAAAAAUCUAAUAAAUACUCAAACUUUGAAAAGUUUUUGCUCUUCCCUCCCACUCAAAGAAAUGUAUAAAUCUGGUAGGCCUGUGUCACUUGGUGUUUAAUGUUUGGGGGACGUCAGUUGGUGAACUUUAAAUUUUGCUGUGUGCUCUUGGUUUUCAUCUCUCCCAGUCUUGAAACAGAACUAACCAGCUGUGCCGGCAGUUUCCAUAGGAUACCAUCUUACUUCGGGGAGGGGAAUUCUGUCCCCAAUUAAGGGUCCCAUGGGAUUUGGGUCUAAGUGCCAAGUCACUGUUCACAUGUCCUACUUAAAACAAACACACUGCUGCUGAUUGCCUGAUUGAGAGCAUUCCAAGGUUCUGUCCAGAUAAAUAAGCGGGAAAAUAAAAUAAAUUCAACUAAUAAGUAGAAUCCCCAAAACACAUUCUUCCAAGUAAAUUCUACCUUUAUGAUCUGGAUUGAAAGUGCUUUGCAGGAAAACAGUGCUCCAGAAAAAGGGAACUGCAGUGUUCAUAGUAAUUUGUGCAUUUUUUUAAUGAUCUGAAGAUGUUUUUACUGGGCUGGUGUAACAGUACACUACAAAGUCCAGUUUGGAUUGUGGUUGGCGUCUUUGGGUCAGGAAAGUUAACUGUGCCAAGAAGUAUUUUUCAGUUACAUGAAUGGAUCCUAUUAAUGCAGUUACCUGGAGAGAUUCUGCUGAUGCUCUCUUAACUGACAAAAGGAGGCUUUGUCCAACACCAGAAUUACUGAAACUGGCGCUGUUUUUCUAUUGGGCUGGGAUCCUGAUGAGCAGGGAUUGGUGUUUCCCCUUCCUGGCACUGUAAACACCGUGGCUGUCGUCAUUGACAUGCAGUCACAGCCCUUUUGUGACAGAUUACUUAGAUCCAUGGUGGCAGUAACUUUUAUAUCCCCAAGGAAAGAAAGGAAAAACAAAGAAAAGUGCAAAAAUUAUCCACCUUGCUGAGCAUUUCAUUGACAUGGAUUGCCAUUAAUUCUGCCAAGUACUUACCUUUUUCAGGCUUGACAGAAGGAUGUUCCUGUGUUCAGGGCACAUAAAAAAUCUCUUUCUUACAAUGUAUUUGAACAUCCUAGAUUUCAGUUAUUACUGGAGUGUCCACCACAGUCCACCAUACUCAGGAUAGAGAAAGAUAGCAAUGGAUUUUUUUAAUUAAAAUUUGUUUUUGGUUUUAUAAAUUGCAGCCUUUGGGAAAACACCAAGUGAGGUCAUGCUGUCUUUUUUGAACAGGACUGUGUAUGUGUUUCUGUGUGUGUAUAAGACAAAGUAAGAGACAAGGGCUACCAGGCGUCAGCUGUUAAAUUUUUUGUGUGUGUAGCCUUCCAGAAUAGUGCAGCCCAUGAAAGAGGAAUCUUGAUUUUUCUCCUAGUAAAGAUAGGAUGGAAAAGUAAGUGAACUGGCUGUGUUUGGUUUUUACAAGUAUCUGCUGCCUCAUCUGCCCUGCGUGGAGGGCUCCCUCACUGCUGAGGCUGAGCUGAGGCCAUCUGGAGGGAUCAAAGAAUAUGGGAGUGUCACCCCCUCUGAGGCCGAGGCAAGCCUAGAAGGUGGCUUCACUGCAGGAUUUCCGCCCUCUGCAUUGCCCUUCGUGGUGCUGUGGAACAGUGAGGCACUUGAGGCCUUGCUUCUUACAGCCUCUGGGGAGCAGGGUGGGUCACUGCCCUCUGGGAGUGUCUUGCAGCAGUUUUGUAAGUGUGUUGCUACAUAAAGUUCCUUUGUGGCAAAAAAAUAUUUUCAGUUUUGAUGUUAGGAAGUCAGCCCAUGUAGUCUCUUAGACUUGCUUAGAAGAAAAAACUUCCUUUUUGUUUUUAGAAGAAAAAGAUUUCCACACAGAACAGUUCUUCCUCGUGCUUCCCCUUUCUCCUCUCCACUGCCAGACUCCUGGGCGGCGCUUUCUAAACCUUUGUAACCAGAGGAGUAAUGAGUCUUCUGUUGGAUCCAGGUGUGCUUUUCACAUGUUGCACUUUAUAUAUUUGUUGUUCCUGUCUGGUGCUGUACUAAAUGCUUUUGUCAGUCUCCCCACCGGAUCUUGUUGAAAACAGCUUAACCUGAGCCACAUUUUGUUAGUUCACAAAAAGGAUUUAAUAACCACAAUGUGAUUUUUGCCACAACCAUGUGGUUUUUAAUAUUUUUGGAGUGUUCUCUAAACCUGUCCUAGUUAAGAGUAGAUUUAGAAUUAGAAGAAAUACCCAGAGAAAUCUCCACAGUGGAAUGAACUUUUGCUUUAAGAGAAAUGAGAGUUAGCUAUAGUUGAUAAUAUAGCUUCCAUCCUGGUCCUAUCUGCAUUUCAGAAAUAAUCCACGUUUAUAAGAAAUUGGAGACAUGUGGGACAGUUAACUCAAGCAGCUCUGGGGAGAGGAGAUGAUUUAGUGGUGUUUAAAUAAUGCAAAUAAGGCCUUCCUAGUUCAUAUUCUUAAAGACUCUAAAAGAGGUCAGACGUGAGGCUCUUCAAUUCAUAUUGUCCAGUUGAGGUGGCAGUAAUUUCUUCUGAACCCUGAUGGGAUGGAACUAUUUUCCCAAGGCUGUAAAGGACUUCUAGGCUGGGCAGCUGUUGAUGUUAGUGGCCUCAGCCUUGCUCCAUCACAGUACUCAUCUCAGUAGGAGGGAAAGCAUCCCAGAGUCAUCCUCUGCUCUCUGGAAUAAGCCUUGCAACACAUACCCCACCAUCCAAAGCUAUUUUUUCUGUGUCACUUUAGAUGUCACCUAAAACAGUGAGACAUUUGAAAUUUUCAUGCAGAUUGUAAAUUUGGAAGCCUUGACUGCAAUCCUUAAAAGAUACUGUUGUCCAUACAUCAAGUUGACUUAAGGUCACCACAGGUUUUGGGAACCUGGAGAUUUUAGGUAGACUCUUCUUUGGAGACCAGCAGCCUUCUAUUCCUACCUCUAAAAGGGCAACUUCACAUUUUGACCACAUUUUUGUGUUAGCUGAAAACCUUUUAGUGAUGUGAGAAACUUAAUCAGGACAUUAAGAAAAUGAUACCUCUCAACCUUCAGAUUAAUCAGAUAGUGUGCCUUCCUAGUUCCCUUAAAAAUUAAUAAAUAAAAAGAGAAAGAAUUCCCUUUGUUGUUGAUUCAGACACACUGCUUGAGCUGAGGCUAGUAGUCACAUGAUUUUGUGAAUCUCUGCGAUAUGAAGCUUUCUAAGUAAAAAAGGCAUCUCUCUCCCCUAGAGCAUUGUUUAUCGUGAUGAUUUGGAGAGCUUGAGUUUGUCUUAGAAAAUGAGAACGUCCAUCUGGCAGAAGGAAAUCAAAGGGAGGCUAUGUUAACUCAGAAUUCAGCAUACCAGGGGUUACUCACUGAAGAAAGUGAUUUUGGCCAAAAAAGCGAGAUAAGUAUCUAGAAGGUGGAGAGUCAUUGCUUCUGUUCCUCCAGCAAUCAGUUGCUUAAUUAAUUACUCUAUGUUUCCUUUGGUUUAUAUUCCUAGUUCUUAACCCUGAACAGGGGGGCCACUAGAACACCAAAAAAAGGCAUUUAAAACCCUGGAGAUAGGCUUUAAAAGAUACAAAAACAGCAGCAUUUUCAUUUUCCAGGUUCAUCACCAUUCUGAUAUGCUACCCAUCCUUCCACCUCCCACUGCAGCCAGUCCAUAUGUGAAGAUUCUGUUCCUCAUUGAGUUAGGGAACCAUACUUAACUUACUAAAUUGCUUACCAUCUGUGGACAUUAACUUGGGGUGUACCUGUAAGAGAACAUCUCAACAGUAUAAUAAAAUAGCUUUUCUGGGCUUGAGUUCCCAAUCAAGCAUCUAGAUCAAAAUCUUUAGUCUUUGGAACUCUUUAAGGAAAAAAACAAGAUGCCUCAAUCCCAACAGUGGGCCUUAAGAAUUACACUCCCCUUGCUGUAGUGUGGGUGAAGCAGCUCACCUUCAGGAAAUCAUUUUUCCAUCAGGAUUGCCUAUAAAUCCCUAUAGGAAGUAAUAAUGAUAUGAGCCUUUCUGAGCACUUCUGUGCUGAACUGAAAUUGUUCAUCUAAAGCAUCAACAGGUCCAUGCAAGCCUCUUUAACCUCUGUUUAUUGUAGAGAAAGUGUAUCACUAAUAAUGACCCAAAGACAUCUAGUAUUACUCGAUUCCAGCAGCAUAACAUAUCCAACUUAUGUCAGGGAAGACAGAGGCUGGCUACUAAGGAACCAGAAUGGGUGGGUCUGCCCACAUCUAGCCUCCCAGAGGGCAGAUGUGAAGUCAGCUCUUGGAGAGUUCCCUGAAGCGAAGGGAGGUCUUAGAGGGCCUUUGCUCAGCAAGCAUGUGGAUUGUGUUGCUUCCAAGAACAUGAAGGAGUUCUGAAGGGAAUGGGAGGCACCUAAGCCACAGAACACAGACACAAAUUUGCCCUCUCACCUCUUCCUAUGUGGCUCUGAACAUUUUUUGCUUAGAAUCUAAAGGGACUCUCUGCUCCAAAAUCUUAUUUGCUUCAGUUAUUUUGUUUAGUCUCUGAGAACCUCACCUUUUCACUUUCACCUGUGGAUGGACAUAGAUGUGUUACUCAUGCCACAGAUGCCAGAGUGAAUCCAAGGCCCAGUGGUAUAACACUGAGUAUAUAAAAACAACUGGUCCACUCUAUUGUAAAAGAAAUAGUCUGUGGUGCAGUUUUGUAAAUGUCAGGUCUCUUCAUUUUUUCAUGGUCUGAAAACUUGUGAACUGGUAUGUAAUCAAAAGGUUGAUGGAUAGAAUAAAUAAAAUUUCAGUUAGUGCAUUUAUUAAGAAAGAUAGCCACCAGUUUGUCAGGUGCUUAAAGAAGUCAGGAGCAUUUGAGGAUGUUGGGAACUGUUGUAAAAGUAAAGCUAUAUAGUCAAGUUCCUAUGUGGCAAAGAAAUAUUUUCAGUUUUGAUGUUAGGAAGUCAGCCCAUGUAGUAGUCUCUUGCACUUGCUUAGAAGAAAAAAGUUCCUUUUCAUUUUUAGAAGGAAAAGAUUUCCACACAGAACAGUUUUUCCUUGUCCUUCCCCUAGAGUUGUCUCUCUAGUCUACACGGCGGUACCAGAGAGGAAGUGGAAGCCCAUUAGUAGCACCGUCCUAUCUGCUCUUGCCAGCCCAGCCUUUUUUCAAGGAUCUUGUUUCCCAUCCUAUCCAGUGACUUUGGUAGGGAUGAGCUCUGAGGAGGCAGUGAGGACCCAGCUCUGUUUGCUCGGCUGCAGGGUAUGGUCUCCAAACAGGCUUAUUACAGGGGUUUCCUAUCAUCUCUUGCACUUCCUUGACCAUCAGCAUCAGAAAGUUUAAAAUGCCUGAAACUAUUCCAGUUGUAAAACAGAUAAACUAGAUGGGCUUCCUCCCCUAUUGUGAAUGUAUCCCCCAAAUGCAGUCUCCAAAUUCAACAGGUAUUUCCAGGGAACCUUUGGGUUAAGGCAAAGUAGGCAACAUGUAUUGGGUUUUUACCCAAAAGACAGAAGUAUUUGUCCCUUCCCCCUAAUGCUCAUAUGUUUUAGCUAAGGCUUAAAUCACCAAAUCUAGUAUGUCUUCAGAAUUGAGCCAGGGGCCUGUACUCUCAGGGAUCAGUCCCCUUAGGAUCAUACAGGCUCAAACUAGACUGUUCUGAUCCCACCAGAACUCUGUCGUUAUCCCCUUCUGUCAGGCCCAUCCAGAAAAGCAAACAACUUGGCGUUCCCAUCGUUGGUCACCUAGUCCCCUGGUGACCAUUCUACAGAGAGCACAUAGCUGUUCAGGCAGUGUGCUUUGUAUUUGCAGGAAGGGUAGAAAGUGGAAAAACCAAUGUGCUGAGCACUCACAUCCUUGGAGAGGUUGGCAGACAUAACCUUGAAUGAACUCAGCAAAACUGGGGAAUCCAAGGAAUAGCAUUUGUAUGGGAGGAGAAGCUGGUUAUGGUCCUUUAACCUCUUGGUGCCUGGUGCUGCAUUAUAAAACAGGUUUAGAAUAAUAGCGCCCUUAGCCCCAUCCAAAUGUGCUUCAGGACUUAGGAGUUUCUGACCCAUGGACGCAUGGUCUUGUUUUCGCUGUUUUGUUUCCAAAACAACCUUGCUUGGUAUUGCAUGGAAAAUCAGCUUUCCCUUCCUGCCCACUUGGGGCCACCUGCCGUCCUGGCCUCUUCCCCAGUGUCUCCACAGUGCUCAUAAGGAAGGCCAUCGCAGUGCUCUUUGGAGCUGAGGGGAGUGGAACUUGAUCCAGAAAAGACAGCAGGAAAUUGAGUUUUCCUGUUUUCAUUUCUCAAGGAGGGUGUUCUAGGCUUCCUACAACACCUCUCUUUCCCAUGGGUACAGUCUGGUUAUAAAAGAGAACUGAAAAGAAAGAGGACCUGGGUCCAGCCCCAGGUUUGGGUCCAAGACAAGUGCUCAGCAGCUGUGAAUCCCACUUUUCUCCCCUUUGAUAGCAGGCCAGCCAUGUGUAACCAUUCCCCUUCUUUACUAAAAUGUCUGCUCAUCUGGUGCCAGCAACAGAGGACAGACAAAGGCCUCCCGCUUAGUCUAGAUAGAGCUCUGUACUAUCCCUAAAAUUCCACCACCCCUAUGUCCCACUCCUUUUUUUAAAAACAAAAGCUUAAACCUGUGAGUGGGCUCUUCCUUUCUAUGUGUUAAUCAGUUUCCUUCCGUUUGAGCUGUGUGGGAGGGAAGGGCAUUGGAACUGUAGGUUGUAACCUUGUGCCAACCAAUAAAAACCAGUAUUUCACACACA